AUGGUCUACUGCGAUCACUACGACGACUACACCUGCAUGAACACGGUGACCAACCGUGGCGAUCUCUGCAGCGACUGCUCGGCGGGCAAGUGCGGCCAGACGGGCAAAUCGUGCUCCAAGAACCGGAAGAGCAGCAGUGACGACGACGAUAGUGAUAGUGAUAGCGAUGAUGAGGAGGAUACACGGCGUCGGAGCCGUCGCUAG